UUAUGUAUAAAUAAUGCAGUGUAAGUGGUGCAACUUCUUAAGAAUUAUGUCUAUAUAGAAUAAUUCAUCGAAAGAAACAAAAUUUAAUCAAUACUUUUCGCAAUAAUGUAUGGCGAAAGCAUAAAUAAAUUUAAAAAAAAAUUACAUAUAUUUCAUAUUGAAUUUAUUAUUCAAUGAAAUUUCUAUUCAACGAAUUUAAUGUAAAUCUGUAAUUUCUAAGAAGAAUAUCAAAAAUGCAGGCUAUAUGGAAUAUCUUUAUAUUAUUCGUCGUCUCAUUAAUUGCUUUUGCCGAAAAUAAUACAAAACAUAUAGAGAUUUUACGAUCAACAUCUGAGGAAAAGAAAAACUUAAUAAAAACUAAUAAAACUGUAUUAAAGAGAGAUGAUUUUCCAGAAUUCUCAUAUACUUAUGAAUCAUUAGUUCUACAUUCUAAAAAUGAAAAAAUCAUGUCAUUACCUAAAGAUUUUUUAAAAUUUUUCCCCGAUAUUAAAUUCCUUGAUUUGGGGAAUAAUAAAUUCGAAAGAUUCGAAAACAAAACAUUUGAAAAUUUAAGUGAAUUAAAAUUUCUCAAUAUUUCCAAUAAUAAAAUAGUUGAAUUAUCAAGUGACACAUUCAACAAUUUGAUGUUGUUAAAAUAUCUCAAUCUUGGCUAUAAUGAAUUGACAACAUUGCCACGGGAAAUUUUCGCUAAAAAUAUUAAUCUAAAAAUAAUCGGUAUGUCAAGCAAUCACUUUGAAUCUCUACCAGAGGGUUUAUUUGAAAAUAAUAAAAAUCUGCAACUUGUGAGACUUCGAAAAGAAUAUAAACUGACAAAUUUACCAAGCGGACUCUUUAGCAAUUUAAAGAAUCUUUCGACAGUGAACUUGAGUUAUUCUAAUUUAAAAAGUUUGCCUGCAAAUCUGUUUAAGGGAUCGAACAAUUUGCGAGUUAUAAAAAUAGUUGAAAACGCUUUGCAAACAUUGCCGGACAAUAUAUUUGAUGGUUUGGUAAAUUUAGAGAACUUGGAAUUAAGCGGCAACAAAAUUGACAGUUUACCUGAUAAUAUUUUCGAAUCGUGUAUAAAUCUUCAGAAAUUACUUCUUGGUAACAACAGUAUCUUAACAUUAUCAAGGUUCACAUUUAAUGGACUCCAGUCUUUACGCUUUUUAAAUAUGAGUUAUAAUAAAAUGAUAAAUAUUUAUGAAGCUGAUUUCGCACCUCUUAAAAGUGUAACGCACAUAAAUCUCUCUCACAAUAAUAUUGCUCAUGUUGUAGAAACAAAAAUCAAAAAUAGUACCAUUUCUGGAUUUAUCCCUUUCAGAAAUUUAGAAGAAUUAAAUUUAUCUUACAACAAAAUAUCAUCAUUUUCGAUCAACUGGAUUAAAAUUCCUCAAAUUCAUUAUUUAAAUCUAUCUAACAAUAUUCUUCCUUCAUUAUCGAUAACUGAUUUGGAUUUAAGGCACAGUAAUGAUUUUAUUCUCGAUGUAUCCUUCAACAAAAUAAAGACAAUUAACUUGAAUUGUGAAAAUUAUUUCCACGAGGAAGUUCAUAAAAAUAUUACGCUACUCCUGAAUGACAAUCCUCUUAAAUGUGAUGGAGCUUUAUAUAAUUUUUUACGAUUUUUAGACAAUGCAAUGAGAAACCCUGUGCGAGAGAAAUUAUUCUUAGAAAUUGGACCAAUGAAAUGUUUAGUUUCUAAAGAUUACGAGGGAAUUCUAUUAUCUGACAUUAAUUUAAAAGAAUACAAGAGUUAUCCAUCAAAAGAAGAAAUUAAAAAUUAUGAAAUGUGUCCAAAAGCGUGUGAUUUACGAAGAAGACAUUAUGAUCGAACGUUUAUUAUUGAUUGUUCAAACAGGAAUCUUACUGAAAUUCCAGAAACAUUGUGUUUCUUGAAAGAGAAGGGCUAUACUAAUGAAUUAAAUCUCAGUGGAAAUUUUAUAAAGAAUAUUUCCAAUUUACCACAAAUUGGUUAUGAUAAUUUAACAAAUGUCUUUCUAUCAAAUAAUCAAAUUUCAAACAUUACCCUAGAAAUGUUAAGUAGUCCUACACUGAGGCGUGUGAAGCUUGACAAUAAUUUACUAUCAUUAAUAUCACCUGAAAUUAUAAGGCACUUUAGUCUGUCAAAAAUAACUGCAACUUUUGGUAACAAUCCAUGGAUAUGCUGCUGUGAAAAUGAUGAUCUACGUGAAAUGGCUCAAUGUUCCAACUCCUUCAUUCAAGAUUCAGAUGAUAUUAUAUGUGUAGAUUCUAAUUUACCAAUGAAAUUAUACCAAGAAAUGUGUGGAAUAAAUACAAAUGUUAUUCUCGCAAUUAGUGUUAGUGUUGCACUAAUGGGAUUAAUAUUUGCCUCUUUAACAAUUUUUUAUUGUUUAUAUAAGAAAAAAAUUAAAAUUUGGCUGUACACGCAUAAUAUUUGCCUGUGGUUUGUCACCGAAGUGGAAUUGGACAAGGACAAACAGUAUGAUGCUUUUAUCAGUUAUUCACAUAAGGACGAGGAAUUUGUCAUUAAUGAACUUGUUACGAAUCUUGAAUUGAGACCAAGAUCUUAUAAGUUAUGUAUACAUUUUCGUGAUUGGCCCGCUGGUGAAUGGAUUCCCUCGCAAAUUUCACGAUCUAUUAGGGAAUCGAGCAGAACGAUUUUUAUUAUCUCGACAAAUUUCAUAAAUAGUGAAUGGGCAAAAAUGGAAUUUAGAGCUGCUCAUAAAAAAGCUCUUAGUGAUGGAAUGAGAAUUAUUAUUAUUGUUUUGUAUGGUGAUAUUGGGCCUAUUGAUAAAUUGGAACCAGAUUUAAAAUCGUAUUUAAAAAUGAACACUUACGUCAAAUGGGGUGAUCCUUGGUUUUGGGAUAAACUUCGUUAUGCACUACCUCACAAAUGGAAUGCAAAAUUUGAAAAUACUCGAUUAUAGACAUGUUUUUUAGUUUGGGUCAGUCCACUGACUUUCGUCUAAUAGUGGUUGCGACCAAAUUUUAAAAAAAACUAGUUUUAAUAUAUGUGAAAUUCGAUGAUUCCCUGAGUUCAUUAACCAUAAUAUUAUGGUAAAAAUUUUAUUCCCUUUAAAAAUAUUAA